CCCCCCUUCCCAGCCGUCAGAUCCAGUGUGCCGGCGCGAGGCGAGUUGGCCGACGUACGCGCCGUCGCCUCCUUCCUUCCAGAUCCGCCAACGAGGAAAACAAAAGGAUGGAAUUGAAAUCUGAUGCACCGCGGAAAAGCGAGUUACUUGCCCUGAGCAAAUAUAACGUUAAUGGUAAGGAUAAAGCAAUUACAGUAAGAAAUGAUUAUCCGGCGCCCCCUGUCCCUUGUUUUGAAAUCACUGAGGAUUUUGAUUUGGAAAAGGUUGAGGAGCUUAUGCUAGAAAGGGACAUUAAGAUCGCCAAGUCCAUGGCAAACGACAUAAUCAUCCCAGACCCUGCUCCAAAGUUUGUGGGUGAUGCCUUCUUGGACAUAUAUGCCGAAUUGGAGCACAUCCUUGUAAAGGAUAGUGUCCGGUGCUUCCUCCGAUUUUUCGAGAACUGUGAAGGCCGGGGCAUAUCAUCUUAUCUUACCAUCACCGCACAAACCUUAACCUUCAUUGUCAGUUUCAACGCCCUGCGAUGUACAAAAGUCGUAUUGGAGGGCAUGGCACCUGAGCUCUAUGGGAUGCACGCCAAUCCCAACUGCAUAAACAAAUAUGGAUACUUUGUGCUCCACGAAGCUGCUGAAAGGUUCUCUGUUGACAUGAUCAAGCUGCUUUUACGCCAUGGUGCAUCACCCAAUGUGCGCACUAUUGGCAUUGAUGUCAUUGAGAAUCUACUCCCGCUCCAUGUCGCAAUUGAGAAUACUUGCCUGCAUAAGUAUCUUGAGGACAAUCUGGAGGACAAUCUUUCUCGCAGCCAGAAUCAUCUCGAUUAUAUCUACAAGCUUAUUCAUCUGCUAUGUCUACCUGAAAUGAAGAUCUUCUUGGACACAACUAGACUGCUUGCAGAGAAAACAAAUAAUCUACUUCAAGAGCUCUGGAAUUACAUUGAGGAUGGAAAAAUUAUCCAGUCUGCUGUUCUACUACUGGCUGCUCAAGAGCAGAUCCGUGGAGGCAGUUCUUCCAAGAUAAAUGGCAGUAGUAAGAAAAAUGGGUUUGACCUUAUCAGUAACUGUAUAAUGAGGCUUUCAUUUUCCUUGAGAUGGGAGAAAGGUUCACAUGCAAUGGCACCGGAGCUUCUGGAGGAAAGGAAGACACUUACUGAUUGCGCAUGGCUGCUUGUUGAUGUAAUUUCCCAUGCCGGUGAAGAUCUUUCUGCAUACAUUCAAACGCAUUCUGAGGUGCCCCAUGUGGAGGUCUUUCAACAUGUUUCAUCUAUCCUCAAGGAGUAUGGAUUUUGCCCUACUGGAGAUCCCAUGGACACUGUAAACCUCCAGCCUUAUGACUGCAGAAAGUCAAACGGAGAGUCAUGCAAAGGGCUUACAAAUGCAAACAUGGCAGUUAUGGAAUUGGCCAAUCUGGAUGCUGCAGAGGAAAAGGUCACAACCGUUGGAAAUGACAACCUCUCCCUUAUGGCACGUCAGCACACCAAAAAAACACAGGCUGUGAGAAAGAAAGCAGGCAGAGGAUGGGAUCCCACAUAUACAAAGAGAAGUUUCUUCCCAUACUGGAGAUCAGUGUUACAAGAUCGGGUUCCUUUGAAGGUGUAUCCAGCCUAUGCAAGCUCAGAUCCUAGUCCAAAUCAUAAACUUGGUCCAAUGCGAAGGACCUCGCCAUUUACAAGCAACAAUCAACCCAGAAGGUGCUUUGUCACUGCUGCUAUUGGUGCAUUCAGGCUCUUGAAGGUGCUAAAAUAGAGUAGAAAGGGAAUUCUCAACCCUGGGAAAUAUUUAUGCAACAAAUUUGAUCCUAUGGAUAUGGUAGUAUUAGUCAACCAAACAACCAACAAUUGUUAAUGCAGUGGCUUCUAUUGAUGCUCACCGACAUGGAGCUUUUUUUUUUGACGAUCAUUUUGUUACAUGGAGUUGAGUAGUGCUUCUUCAAUCACCAGCCAAAGGAAAGCUGGUGAUCUCUGGAUGAGAGCGUAUCUCGUGAAACGGCUCAACUGGUGCUACAGAUGUACCAGCUGCUUGUGGGCCAUUGGAUGUGAAAGGAAGGGAUAUGAUGCAGCUAAUACCUGGGCCGGUGGUACAUGUGCAUACUAGUCCUUGUUUUUAUGGAGAAUAGAGUGAAGAGGGACAAGAUCCACAUAAAACACGGACUAGUCCUACGUAAUUUAUUUGGAUCCUACAUAAUUUAAUUAGAGAAAAAUCACAUAUUAUUUUAGAGAUGAUUUUUCUCUAAAUAAAUUACGUAGGCUCUCCUUGUGGUGCUGCUGUACAGCAGAAAAUAGGGACGUUGGAAUUCAGAUAUUGGGGUUGGGAAGGAUGAUUAGUAUAAUCAGUUGCACUUCAAGGUUCGUUCUGUAAAUGUAUCAUCAGCCUAGAUCUUAGCUGCAUCAUGUCCCUUCCUCUCACAUCCAAUGGUCCAUAAGAGGCCGGUGCAUCUGGAGCACCAGUUGAGCCGUUUCACAGGAUACACUCUCAUCUCUGGAUUGAGUGGGGAAAAUGACUGGCCUGAACUAACUUUCCGGCUUAUGACGCCAAACAAUGCAUCAGAAUUUCAUUU